CGCUGUGUCAAUCCUUUAUCUCAGUGUAUUGUGAUCUCUGGUGUCCAAGAGUUGUAUAAUUUUAGCUCUCAUGAUUUUAACGGUAUUGCUGUUGACGACGACGACGAUGCUGCUAGGAAUUUGGAGUAAACCACAGGGGCCAUCAUACCUACCUCCCAGUGGAGGUGGUGGUGGAUCACAUCCGUCUAGACCCGAUGUUGGCCAUCCUGACGAGUGGGCCGGGGAUCCAGUGAACUAUGAAUUUUCCUAUGAGGUACAAGAUGGAGAUGCGGGUCUUGAUUUUGGACAUCGAGAAAUGCGAAAAGACAAUACAGCGACAGGAAGCUAUCAUGUUCUACUUCCGGACACUAGAAUUUUGUAUGUGGAUUACAUUGCAGAUGAAGGUGGAUAUCGACCAAUGAUUCGAUAUGAAGGAACCGCCUCUUAUCCUGCACCCGGUUCGCGUCCUUCAUCGGACCAAGGAUAUAAAUAUUAAUGAAAUCCAUUGAAUAUGCAUCAAGCAUUAAAAUGAAGAUGCGAAAAAUGUCGUGAAUCGCUUUCUGAGCGUUGAUCGUUUCGGAAGCAAUAAAUUCUCAGAAUAAAGUUAUCUUUGAUGACAAAAGCAAAAAAAAAAAAAAAAAAAGGGAAAAAAACCAAGGGUAUCACGAAUAAUUUGAGACUUUCUAUGAAAACUCAUUUUGAUACAUGUCUUUUACCGGCAAAAAAAAUCUAAAACAAUGAAAUACUGUUCAAUGAUUAA